AUGCCCAGCGCGGGAGGGCCCGAUGGGCCGGGCGGCUGUGUCUGGCUGCGCAGGCAGCCGGGGGUGGGCUCUGGUGCCUCCGUCCCCCCCGGCUCCGCUCGCCUCACGGGCAGGCCCCGGCCCCGGGGCUGGAAGUCGAGGUCCCUGCGUGGAGCCGGCCGGCCGGGCCUCAACAGCCCUCCUCUUCCUCCGCAGUCCUUCCUCCUGCUGUCGACGAAGAAAGAUAAGCUGCCCCGCGACCUGCGGGUGCCCGACCUGUCCUUGAAGGGCCUCUUUGAGAAAUACGUCAUCUUUGGGCACUACGAGAAGAUGGAGCAGAUGCCCAAGCUGGUGCAGUGGCUCAUCUCUCUGGGUGCCAGCGUCGAGAGCAUCGGGCCCUACCCUCUGCAUGCCAUCAUGAAGCUCUGCAUCCAAGCCAAGGAGAAUCACCUGUUCCGGUGGGUGAUGGAGCAGAAGCCCGAGCUGAGGGCGGAGAUUAACCAGACGGAUGCCGAUGGCUGCACCGUCCUGCACAUCGUCGCCUCCCAUUGCGCCGGCUACAUCGGCAGACGCCAGACCGAGGACGUGCAGAUGCUCCUGUACCUGGGGAUAGACCCCACCAUCGCGGACAAGCAGGCGCGCCGCGCCGUCGACAUCCUCAAACGGAACAAGAACUUCAAGGCCAUUGACAAAAUCAAUAACUUCUUGGAGAGCAGGAAGAAGGCGGCUGGCGCCAAGGGUGCCUCAGGUACGGUGGAGCAGACCGAGGCCCCACAGGGCAGGUCUGGGAUCCAGCUUCAGAGUCCUGACCAGGACGCUCUCUUGCCCACCUCCUGUGCCCAGGAGGCUUCUUCCACCCUGCCUCUCCUCCAGCCCUUCCCUGUUCUGGGGAACAAUCCAGCCUCAGCGUUCUCUUUUUCUCCGAGUUUUUUGGAUGUGGUCAUGGCUGUGCUGGCUCAGGCUGGGGUCAGGGCGGCACAGGCGGCCCCUCCUUCCCCAGACCUUCGGCGGCGGCUGACCCACCCCUGCCGGACCCUUCGUGUGGCCUCGGAUCCAUCUGCGCGCGUUGUCGGGGAGGCCCGUGGUGUGGACCAGGCCGGGGCUAAGGGCCGCCGAGCCCAGGGGAGGCAGUGCCUGCGGCUGGGAGCCCGCGGGGGCUGGGGCGGGGGUGGGGGCUGCGCCGUGGCCACACCACUGGGCAACGGCAGUGACCGCGUGGGCAGAGCCGGGCUCCUCGGAAGCCGCUGCCAGCGGUACGCGCCAGGGCAGCAGGGCGUGAGCGACGCGUCGCUGCGGGAGAGCCACGCCUUCCUGGACAUCCUGGAGCCCUUCAUCCAGUAUCUGUGCUCGGAGAACCGCUCGCAGCAGAAGGGGCUGCUCAAGCACGAGGUGGUGCAGAGGUUCCUGCGCCUCCUGUCCACCAUCCAGGUCCUGCCGCCCCACGUCGUCUGCGAGUUCAACCACGCGUGCGCCAGCGCCUUCAUCCGGCUGCUGCUAGAGAAGCAGAAGUGGCACGAGGUCCUGCUGCUGCUGACCGGCAAGGCCAACGCCGAGUCGUCCGUGGCCGACGGCCUCAUCAAGAACUGUAACUUCUCCGACCUGGACAUCCGCACGGUCAUCCAGCACCUCAGCCACUGGGACCGCCGGCGGAUCUACCUGCUGGGCUGCCUGAUCGAUUGUGGUGCGCCCACGGAGGGGCUGAACAGGAACCAGGACCGCGAGAGGCCCCUCACUAUGUGCCUGAAGAGCGGCGACUACCAGCUGGCCUUCCUGCUGCUGAGCAAGGGCGCCGACCCGCGCGGCAUGACGCUCACGGAGGGGGACAUGCCGCUCCACGCGGCGCUCUUCAUCUACCUGGACAAACGAGCGGACAUCGGCUUCACCUUCCUGAGCCACCUGCUAGACCUGUACAGCUCGAGCCCCUCGGACUUCUACUUCCUGAGCCCCAACGCCCAGGACGCCAACGGGAACACGGUCAUGCACAUCAUCUUCCAGAAGGGCAUGCUCAAGCGGGUCAAGCGGGUCAUGGACCUGCUGGCCCGCUUCGACAUCAACUUCAACCUGAAGAACAAGGAGGGCAAGGACGUGCGGCACCGCAUCAAGAAGAAUGACACGCUGCUCGUGACCUGGAACAAGGCCGUGAUGGAGAACCGCAAGAAGGGCCGGCCGGACGCGGCGGGUGCGCACUCGCCGCGGCUCCUCAAGGCCCAGCAGAAGAACGGGGCCCUGUCCCCUGCGGGCUCCCGCCUCGACGUGGCCUCGGACGGGGACCCGGGCUGGGAGCGGCGCCGGGCCUCGCUGGCCUCGCGGUCAGAGGCCGACGGCAACAAGCCCUUCACGCCUCGCGAUAGCCUGGUGCAGGCCAUCGUGGUCCUGAUUCAGCAGAUGGAGCUGGGCCCCCUGGGCCCCGAGGACGUGCCCGCAUCCCCCAAGCCCGGCCCCGCCGCCCGGCCCCGGCCUCCCCGGACGGAUCCUCAGCCGCCUCUGGCCUUGGCCGCUGGGGAGGAGGAGGGGGGCGGCGGGGAAGCCCCCGACGAGGAUGAGGCAGCCCCCGGGCAGGAGCUGGAGGCCUGCCUGCAGGACUUCGACAACAUGACGUGGGAGAUUGAGUGCACGUCGGAGACGCUCAAGAAGCUGGCCAGUAAGGCGGUCACUCAGGUGCUCAAGAAGAAGAUCGUGCUGGCCAUUCAGCACCUGGGCAACGGCGAGUGGACGCAGGGCCUGCAGAAGCGGCUGCGCCACCUGCGCGGCGACAUCCAGCUGUACGAGGCCAAGCUGGACAAGGGCGCCCGCAUGCUCUGGGAGCUGGCCAUCGACUUCUCACCCCGCUGCAGCGAGAACCCCGAGAGGAUCAUCGCGGCCGCACACCCCCUCGAGAAGUCCGGCGGCGUCUACACCGAGAUCAUCCGCAUCUGGGACAUCGUGCUGGACCACUGCAAGCUCAACGACGCCAUCCGCGCCAUCUGCGCCGCCUACAACCGCGGCCUGUCCUGCAUCCUGCGCAAGAAGCUCAAAGGCAUCCACACGGGCCGGCUCUCGUCUGGCCUCAAGAUCCAGCGGCGCAUCCCGCGCUGCUACGUGGAGGACGCCGACGCCGGCCGUGGCCGGGGCCGCCCCGCGCCCGAGUACUUCCCGCCCGCCAGCGCCGUGGCCACUGAGUACAACAUCAUGAAGUUCCACAGCUUCAGCACCAGCAUGGCGCUCAACAUCAUCAGCGACACGGCCGGGGCACCCGCCGAGUACCCCUUCCGCGUGGGCGAGCUCGAGUACGCCGUCAUCGACCUCAACCCGCGGCCGCCGGAGCCCAUCAUCCUCAUCGGCCGCAGCGGCACCGGCAAGACCACGUGCUGCCUGUACCGCCUCUGGAAGCGCUUCCACUCGUACUGGGAGAAGGCGGCGCGUGCGGGCAGCCCGCUCCUGGCCAAGCACGCCUGGCACCGGAAGGCCGGCCGUGGCCCCGAGGAUGACGAAGCCGCGGCCGCCGCGGAGGAAAAUGAGGACGACGAGGACGACGAUGAGGAUGACGACGAGGACGACGAGGGGGGCGGCGGGGCCCUGGAGCCCGAGACGGCGGACAGCAUCGAUGAGGAGCCCGAGGAGGAGUCAUCCUCCAGCGGGCCCGACCCAGAGCCCGAGCCCGGGGCGGGGGCGGCGGACGAGGGCCCCGAGCCCGGGGAGGCUGGCCAGCUGGAGCACCUGCGCCAGGUCUUCGUCACCAAGAACCACGUCCUGUGCCAGGAGGUGCAGAGGAACUUCGUGGAGCUGGCCAAGUCCAGCAAGGCCACGAGCCACUUCAAGCCGCUCGAGCCCACUGUGCACCGGCUGCAGGACGUCAAGGACGAGAGCUUCCCCUUGUUCGUGACGUCGCGCCAGCUGCUGCUGCUGCUCGAUGCCUCCAUGCCCAACCCCUUCUUCCUGCGCAACGACGACGGCAGCCUCAAGAGGAACAUCCUGGGCUGGUCCACGCACGAGGAGUGCGCCAUCCCCAACUGGCAGGAGGAGGACGAAGCUGGCGACGAUGGUGAUGAGGACAAAGCGGCCGGCGGGCAUGGUGGCGGCGGCGGCGAGAACGACCCCCGCGUCUUCGUCACCUACGAGGUCUUCGCCAACGAGAUGUGGUCCAAGAUGGUGAAGGGCAAGACGCCGUACAACCCGGCGCUGGUGUGGAAGGAGAUCAAGUCCUUCCUGAAGGGCUCCUUUGAGGCCCUGAGCUGCCCGCAGGGCCGCCUCACCGAGGACGCCUACCGCAAGCUGGGCCGCAAGCGCUCGCCCAACUUCAAGGAGGACCGUGGCGAGAUCUACGCGCUCUUCCGCCUGUACCAGCGCAUUCGCGCGCAGAAGGGCUACUUUGACGAGGAGGACGUCCUGUACAACCUGUCACAGCGGCUCGCCAAACUCCGCGCCCUACCGUGGUCCAUCCACGAGCUCUACGGCGACGAGAUCCAGGACUUCACGCAGGCCGAGCUCACCCUGCUCAUGCGCUGCAUCAACGACCCCAACGCCAUGUUCCUCACUGGCGACACGGCGCAGAGCAUCAUGAAGGGCGUGGCCUUCCGCUUCAGCGACCUGCGCUCGCUCUUCCACUACGCCAGCAAGAACUGCGUGGACCAGAAACGCUGCCCCGUGCGCAAGCCUCGACGUAUCUACCAGCUCUACCAGAACUACCGCUCCCACUCAGGGAUCCUCAAUCUGGCCUCGGGAGUGGUGGACCUGCUGCAGCAUUACUUCCCCGAGUCCUUCGACCGCCUUCCCCGGGACGCCGGCCUCUUCGACGGGCCGAAGCCCACCGUGCUGGAAUCGUGCAGCGUCAGUGACCUGGCCAUCCUGCUGCGCGGGAACAAGAGGAAGACGCAGCCCAUCGAGUUCGGGGCCCACCAGGUGAUCCUCGUGGCCAACGAAGUGGCCAAAGAGAAGAUCCCCGAAGAGCUGGGCCUGGCCCUGGUGCUGACCAUCUACGAGGCCAAAGGGCUGGAGUUCGAUGACGUCCUCUUGUACAACUUCUUCACGGACUCAGAGGCUUACAAAGAAUGGAAGAUCAUCUCGUCGUUCACGCCGUCGUCCGAGUGCCGGACAGAGGAGAACAAGCCGCUGGUGGAGGUGUCCUUGGAGAGGAGCAACGCGUCUCAGAGCCGGCCUCAGCUGCUCAACGUGGAGGCCUACAAGCUCCUCAACGGGGAGCUGAAGCAGCUGUACACGGCCAUCACGCGCGCCCGCGUCAACCUGUGGAUCUUCGACGAGAACCGGGACAAGCGGGCGCCCGCCUUCCGCUACUUCAUCCGGAGGGACCUCGUACAGGUGGUCAAGACUGACGAGAACAAAGACUUCGACGACAGCAUGUUUGUGAAGACGUCGACCCCCGAGGAGUGGAUCGUGCAGGGAGACUACUACGCCAAGCACCAGUGCUGGAAGGUGGCAGCCAAAUGUUACCAGAAAGGAGCCGCCUUUGACAAGGAGAAGCUGGCGCUGGCCCACGACGCCGUCCUCAACGUCAAGUCUAAGAAAGUCAGCCCCAAGGAGAAGCAGAUGGAGUACCUGGAGCUGGCCAAGACCUACCUGGAGUGUGGGGAGCCCAAGCUCUCCCUCAAGUGCCUGGGCUAUGCCAGGGAGUUCCAGCUGUCUGGCCUCCUGUGCGAGAAGCUGGGGAAGAUCAAGGAUGCGGCCUACUUCUACAAGCGGAGCCAGUGCUACAAGGAUGCCUUCCGGUGCUUUGAGCAGAUCCAGGAGUUCGAUCUUGCCCUCAAGCUCUACUGCCAGGAGGGGCUUUUUGAGGAGGCGGCCCAGGCUGUGGAAAAGUACGAGGAGAUGCUGAGGGCCCAGGCUCGGCCCGCGCCUGGCCUCUCCUACUCCGCUGGCCAGUUCUACCUGCAGGCCGCCGCCAAGUACCUGAGCCUGAACAGGCCUGAGGCGAUGCUGUCUGUGCUCUCCAGGCUCGAUGCCAAGGACCAGAUGGCCUUCCUGGAGUCGUGCGGGUGGCUGCCCGAGGUGGUGGCGCUGCUGAAGCGAGCGGGCUGGCCCGAGGAGGCUGCCCUCCUCCUGAGGUGGCCUGGCUUCCUCCUGGAGGCCUCGCGGCUCACAGCCGACCGGGCUCUGCAGGUCGCCUGCCUCCACGUGGCCUGGGGCCCAGAUGUAGAGGCUUCCUGCCUGUGCCAGGAGAUGGGCUGGCAUGCGGGCAUCACCAAGGCCCACUGGCUGCAGGGGCUCCUGCCCGAAGACUUCCUGUAUCUCCAGGUGGCCUUCUACCACUUUGUCCGCCUGACCCAGGUGGCCAGUUUGGGUGAGACCCCAUAUGAGGCCUCCCUGGCAUUUGGGGGCCUUGAGGGGCUGCUGCCCAUGGUCUGGGCCCUCCGUGGGGCCAAGAGGGUGGUAAUUGAGGCCUGCCUGGGGUUCUUUGGCAUUGCCCAGACGGGCACACACUGCUGCCAGAUGUCCCAAAGCACCCUGGGGUCCAUCCUGAAGAUUGUCCUGGACCCGAGGAUUAGAGACUGCCCACCAGGGGCCACAGAUGGCAUCGAGCUGGCGCUGACCGGGCACCUGCUGGCACGCCUGUGCGAGGUUGUGCAGGGCUUCCUGGGCCUGGGCAGGCGCUUUGUGGCAGGCCUGCUGGUCCUGGGUGGGCGGCUGCUGGAGGCCCAGCACACGUUCCCCAGGACACUAGCCCUGGUGCUGGAGGAGCUGGACCGGCUGCUGACCGCAGAUGCCUCUGGCCCAUGCUGGGCCCUACUGGACAUGCUCUCCCCCAAGUGCUUCCACCCCGGGGUCUUGUCUGAGAACCCCAAGGCCUGUCAGAAGAUCCUGCACCGUGGCUGCUGCGGGGUGCUUGGGGCGUAUGGGCCGGCCUACUUCUGCCAGGGGCCGGAGGCUGCGGACCUAUGGCUGGGUGCCAUGCAGGCCCUGGUGUCUGGCUGCCCUGAAGAGCUGGACCGGCUGCUGCACUGGGUGGAGGAGGACGGCGGGCACAAGCCAUGGAUGCCCGGGGAUGCCAGGGGCCGGCUGGGCUUUGUGCAGCAGCUGCAGGGCGGGCUGGACCAGCUGUAUGGGUGGUGGGUAUCCGAGGGCUGCCAGCAUUUCUUCUCCCACUUCCUGGGUGUGCUGGUGCCCGCUGCGGUGCCCCCACCAGUGUGGCUCCAGUUCAUGUGCUGUGGCACUACGCCACCCCCCCUGGGGUCCAGUGCCAUGCUUGGCCUGCCACGUAGCUGCCCAGCCCGCCUGCCCUUCUGGAACCACCUGCUGGGUCGGAUAACCACAGGCCUGGGUGAUGUCACCCACCAGUCGUACCCGCCUAAGGAUGUGGCCCGGGCCAUCCGCGCCUUCCGCCUGCCCCUGGCCUGCCUGGCACGUGCAAUCUGCAGCCACAAGAAUGGCGACUUCAGCCUGCCACAGGACAUCUUCCACGACGUGGACCACAUGGUGUCCGGUGUGGCCGAGUGCACCGCGAUGCCCUGCCUGGUUGCUCUGGUCAGCUCCCACCCUGUCCUGCAGCUCCGCUGCCAGCCCAGCCCGAGCCACCCCUUCGAGGUGCGCCUCUCAGACUGCCUGCUGACCGCCAUGGCCGAGGCCCCGCGUGACCUGCUCUACGAGUGCGACUGGGCGUACCGGGCGUACCGGGCGUACCAGGCGUACCUCUGCUGGCGCUGGGCCUCGGUCGUCAUGGCCCUCGCCGCCAUACACUGCCUCUGCUUUCAGGAGGUCCACCCGGAUUGGCUCCUCCGCCUGCCCCCCGGGGAUGCUCCGGGGCUGGACGCCACCUCCGAGGACAGGGACGGCUCGCUGGUGCCCACCCUCUGCCCGAAGCGCCAGAUGGAGCUUGGCUGGCUCUGCCUGGUCAUCUCCCUGUGCGUCCACUGGCGGCCCCGGGCCUGCGCCUGGGCUGAUCCUCCCCGCCUGUGGAGGGAGGAUGACAGGGAAGGGGACGAGCCCUGCCUGGAGCCGGGUGGCCACAGCUUUAAGAAGGCCGACAUAGACAGGAUGUGGUGUGACCUGUGCGGGGUCAGCCUCCUCCGGGGCCCCCAGAGCUGCUUCAGCCUGCAGGAAGUCCUCAAGGAUGUCGAGGAGGCCGAAGGAGGCCCGGAGGAGGCUGAGGCUGAGGGUGAUUCGGAGGAAACCAAGGAUGGCCCGGAGGAGGCUGAGGCCGAGGGAGGCCCAGAGGAGGCUGAGGCUGAGGGCGGCCAGGAUGGGGUCCAGGUCCUCGAGUCCUAUGACAAGCACACCCGCCUCAAGGGCUGCCCGUGCUGCCCGCAGUUUUUCAGUGCCACGGUGAGCCCGGCCGUCAGUGAGGGCGAGCAGGUGGCCAGGAGCAUCGGGCAGAGCGUCUGCACCCACCGCCGCGUCAUGCAGAGGAAGAUCCUGGAGGACGUCCAGAGGGUCCUGGCCGCCACGGAUGACGUCUGUUGGAGGAAGGCCUGGGCUGACGGUAAGAGCUCACCUCUGGGGCCGGACGAGCGGACGGACGGAGCACUGAGCGCCGGGGAGGGGAGGAAGAUUCCGCUGACCCUGGAGCAGAGGCGCCUGCGGCAGAGGCCGGGCACACAGGGAGAGGCCGGCUCGGCCUGA